AUGUUGAACGUCGACGAUGAUUACAGUUUAUUUCUACUGGGGCAGUACUUUUACGAGCAGAAAGAGUUCGAAAAGGCCUACCAUUACUUCGAGAUCAUGGCUAAUAGGAACAAUUUUCAGUCGAAAUAUCAGGCAGCAGUGAUGUGCUAUGAUGGACUAGGGACAACUUUGAAUCAGAGCAAAGGCUUUGAAAUGAUUAACGAAUUAGCAACAUCUACGGAUCCAAAAGCGAGAAAUCUUUAUCAGGCGGCCGCUGUUAACGUCGGCAGAGCUUAUUUUUACGGAGCUGGUACAAUCAGAUCUGAGGAACUGGCCGAGAAAUUUUGGAAACUAGCGGCGGACGGUGAGGAACAGACAGGAGCUUGCACGCUGGCGCAGACGACACUGGGUUUGUUUUAUAGUUUGCCGGAUCAUCAGAAUUUCGAGAUGGCGUUUCACUAUCACGAUCUUGCUAGCAAGAAGGGAUCUCUUGAGUCUAUUGGCGCCCUCGGAACUAUGUAUUUACACGGAAUGGGAGUUAAGGAAAAUGAAGAAAAAGGUUACCAAUAUUUGAAAGAAGCAUCGACAAAGGGCAAUCUGUAUGCCAAAGGAAAUUUGAUAAAUUAUUAUUACUUAAGGAUGCUCUAUACCAAAGCUGGAGAGCUGGCCACUACGAUGGUCGAUAUAACAGAUAUAGCGUCGGCCAGCAAAGAAACCGGAUGUCUUGAAUAUUUCAUCAAGAUUGGAAUAUCUAUGGGUUGUUUUUUCUACGCCAGAUGUCUCACUCUGGGGAGGGGUGUUCAGAUGAACGAAACUCUAGCUAGACACUACUACAGCAGAGUUAGUGAAUUACCGAUUAGUGUAAAAAGAUUAUAA